GCCGCUUGUCAGUUGAGAUGUCAGUUGAGCUAAAGUCUGCUGUUUGCUAGUUUCUGCGCUUAGUUGACUCAAUGGCCGGUUAACAGAAACCCUUAAACACCACCAAAUUGAAGCAAAGGAGUAAAAGAGGGACUUACAGAUAUGGGUGCCCUGAUAUCCAGAUGGAGGACAAAGCCAACCACAGUGAAGCAGCUGGAGAACCAUGAAAAGGAGAUUAAAGAGCUGGAGGAGUUCAGAGCCAAAAACCAACGUCUGCAAAAGCUGUGGGUCGGCCAGUUAAUUCUCUACUCGUCGGCCUUCUACCUGCUGACCUUUCUGGUGGUUUACUGCCUCUAUCUGCCGGAACAAUGGUUCCAGAGAAUAGUCAUGGCCGUGCCUUUCUUCAUUUACCCCGUGCUAGUGUGGUUCAUCAGGAGGUUGUUGGUCUUUCUCUUUUCCAAACGCACUGAGAGGAACAAUGAUAAACUGGAAGAACUAAAGGCUUCCAAAAAGAAGAUUCUGGAGGAAGUGAUGGAAACGGAGACGUACAAAAACGCCAAACUCAUCCUGGAACGCUUUGAUCCUGAAGCAAAGAGGAAAGCUGAGCUUGAGUCGACUCCGGUGCGUCCUCAGAUGACUCCCAGGCCAGGACAAGAGAUUCGACAGAGAGGCGUGCCAAUGAGACCGAUGCUGAUGGGAACCCCUAUUGCGAUGGCUAUGACUCCCCAACAUGGAGCUCGUCUCCAAAUGGGACCGGGGGGGACGCCUGUGGAACCUGUCCCUCUCUCAGCUCCAGGAGGACCUCCGGAGAGAUCCGCUCUGUCUGCCUCCGUCCUGCAGGGGUCACCGUCCAGAACCCCCUACUCUCCCAUACCUGGAGUAGGCAUGCACCCACCCGGUCCUCCGUUAGCGAGACCCAUUCUGCCCAAAGACAGAGGAGCCGUGGACCGAGUCAUUGAGUACCUCGUAGGGGAUGGACCACAGAACAGAUACGCUUUGAUCUGCCAGCAGUGCUUCUCUCAUAACGGCAUGGCUCUGAGAGAAGAGUUUGAGUAUCUCGCAUUUCGUUGUGCGUAUUGCUACUUCCUGAAUCCGGCCAGGAAGACGCGCCCUCAGGCUCCCAGACUUCCAGAGUUCAGCUACGAGAGGAGGCUGAGAGCAGAGUCUCGAUCCCCAGGACCAGCACCUCGUUCCCCCCCAGACACAGAGGAGAGCGCCCCCCCCUCUGGAGCUAAGGCUCCGGCUCCGUGGAGUUCAGUCCACAGUUUCCACUCGGUCCACAGUUUCCACAUCCAGCCGAGUCCAAAGAACCCUCUGAACCCUCAGAACCGACCUCUGCAGAGCCCAGAUGAAAGAGAGAUGACGGAGGAGGAUACAGCCACUAAACAAGAUGAAGAGGGUGAGAGCCAAUCAGAAGAGCAGCUGCCACAGGAGGAGGAAGAGCAGCAGCAGGAGGAAGAAGUAGAUGUAGAAGAAGUAGUUCAGGAGGAGGAAGAGGUGAAAUCAGAGCAGAGUCACAGCGCCCCCUGUGAGACAGAGUCGUAAUUGCAUCGAGUGCAAACUAAAGGUUCUGUUAUUGGCCGUGAUAGACAGGUGGCAUUUCAAAGCAAUAUACAUUAAUAUCAUUCUUUCUUACAACCUUUUUUUGGAUCUGAAAACCACUUUUUUCUCGUCAAAACACCAUCAAAUAAAGCCAAGCAUGUAGAGGAGAUUAUCUACUUUGUAAAUGGUGCAUAAAAUGUUCAUUUCUGGCAUGCAGAAUUAUGCAAAUCCUGUCCAAUCAAACAACGAUAUUGCCUGAAAUGACGCCAGCGUAUCACGGCCGUUACAGCUCCCUGAGAAAGUGUCAGAUUGAUGAUUGUAGUUUUAAAUCUUAAGGCUGUGUCUCCACAGAGCUGCUGAUAACGCUCUAUAUGUGGUGACUGUUUUAUUCACUUUUAAGUAUUCUAUCAUUUAAGGUUUUUUAAAGUACUUGGCUGCUGUAUGAUUUCUUUAUGAUAAGUUUAAGAUACAACCGCUGCUUCACAACAGGUUUGUCGUAAAACAUGCUUACAUCUUGAAUCCUUUAGUGACCCCAUUCUGUGUGGUGUCUUUAUGUGUAGCUUAAUAUCACAGUUUAUUAUGGAACAUGUAAGUAUUGUGUGCAUGUAGACAAACCAGUUGUGAAUCAGGAGAUUCUGUCAGUAUAAUAUUACGUUUUAAGGUACUGCUAUAGCUUUUUUUUCACCUCCCAUUUUUUAAAUCUCCUAUACAAGCUUUUAGCCAACUUUUAAGCAAUGUUGGCUAUUGUGUAAGAGCCACAGCUGGACACAUUUAAAGUUUUAUUUUAAUUAUAUUUUAGCAGCUUUUCCCAGACGAGAUGUAUCUGAGAUUUGAGCAGUUUUUAAAUUGACGCUAACCAAUGAAAACAGUCCAGAUUACGACUGUUUGUUUACCGCUCAUGCCUUUUGUUGGUGAGAAAGUUGCAUGCAAUCUAUGUAGACCAACUUCUUUCAGCAACACAUUUUAACGAGUACUAUGUAAUGCCCCACUUAUUACUGCAGCUACAUAGAACAACACCUAAACACAGCCGUCAGUGGUGCAGCAGAAAGUGUUUUUAUUUGAGCACAGACGCAUGAUUGUUGUAGAAACCAUUCUGUGUAACCACUCUCCAUAGAUAGAAACAACAUGUGUGCACAGCAGGGCUUAUUUGACUUAUUCUAAUUUAGAUUAUGGUCAAAAAGCCUAAACAAAUCUACAAUUAAAGUACGUUUUUUCUUUGAGGUGUGGCCCUUGAACCUAAAGGCGUCAGUGUUUAUGAGCAGUGCUAACAAUAUGUCUGAAGAAACUUUUAAACGGUAAAGGAAAUGAACAGAGUGGAGAUUAAUCCAUUUAUCUGGUUAUUGCCAAUUAGUGUUCUCACUGUUGUUUUAUCUUGACUUCAUUUGCACUGAGUUUCUCUUUGUAUUUAUUCGGCCAUAUUGUGUUUUAAUCUGUUCAGGUACUGUUUGAUUUGAAACUUUAACUACCACUGAAACAAUUAUUAUAAGGUCUGGUUUGGGUUCUCUAGAAAUGGUUGAAGUACUUUGUUUUAUUCACUCUCCUUUUGUUCAAGUGUUUUUAACGUGUGCUUACAGAGUUUACAGUGUAUCCUGCUACUGUAGCAACACACACACACAUAUUUAUUUAAACAAUGAGGGUCUAUGCAAGUAUAAAAACAUGGGGCCUGGUCCUAGAAACACACACAGACUGAGUUGUUCUAUUUGGGUACAAAAACAACACAUACAACUCUAUUGAAUGUGUUGACUUUAACGUGAUAGUUUUCAUAUUCAUUCUGUGUGUUUCUGGGCUUGCAUCGUCUGGCCUUCUGAAUCUAAACAUGUUAGCAAAAGUAAUUUUGGACGAACCUUUUCUUGAGACCUUCAUUUGAAGUUUCCUGACUCUUGACUUCUUGGCAUUUUAACUGACCUAUGUUUACCUGUUUGAUACCAGUGUUAAUAACCUUCUUAUCCCACUGAUGGUGAUGAAAUGUGGAACAAAUCCUCAGCUGUCAGUCUUAUUUAUGAUUUUAAAAACUCCUGCUUUGUCUCCCGCACUGAGUGUAACACAUGUUUACUUCAUUCUUCCUCUGAUAGAUUUAUCAAUUCUCCUUUUCUGGAUUAAUGGUUGUCAUAAAGUGGGCACAUUGCACGCUUAAUAAACGUUUUUAGCAACAAAGGAA